GAUGUAUAAUUAUUACCAUACAUCAAAUAUUGCACCGGCGAUUUUAUGUAUGUGUAUCAUGAUCUUAGUCAUGUGAGUUUGAUUGCAUAUAUACACAUGGAAUAGUAUUGAUUAGAUGAGGGUUUAAUUUAGUGUUGAAGACCGAAGAGCGAAUUAAGUGUCUUGUGUUGUGUUGUGUUGUAUUGAUUAGAUUAGGGUUUAAUUUAUGUGAUGAGUUUGAUGGUGGUUUUCAAGAUUUGAAGGACUUCGCUAUAGCAUGUAUCUAUGGAAGCAUUUGGAAUAUCACAAAGGGACAUACACUAACUUGAUUGGGAAUAUGUUGGUGUAGUAACUGAUAAAUGAUUAACUGAGACAGUUAAUUUCCGUUAAAGAUUGCUGUUUAAGGUGGAUGUUUCAUCAGGAGCUCAAGUGACAUUGCAAUAUAUUGUGAACUAGAAUUGGUGUCACCAGUGAAACCUUGGUGCUCGUUUUUUUCGAUCAGGAUGGAUUGAGCGGAAAAGAUUUGAUCACCUAAAGUGUGUUCUUGUGCGAUAAAGCUUGGGUAAUGCAGAUUUGUUGGGUUGUUGAAGUUUGAUUUUAGUAGCUAGAGAAGUUGAUAGUCGUUUUUUACUUCAUAUGAACAUGAAUUCGCCUACUGCUCAAUUUUUAGUGUCAAGAAGGAUGAAUAUAUACGAGCCUCUUCACCAGAUUAGUUCAUGGGUAGACAGUUUCAGAGAUGAUGGCUUUCCAAAUGUAUCUCCGUCCACUGUUGUAGAAGUAAACGAGAGACUAGACACCUUGUCAGAGGACACUUCAUCUCAUGGAGGACAGGUACCUUCAAACAGAUAUGACCAGGAAGCAUCUAAACCUACUGACAAGGUACAAAGACGUCUUGCACAAAAUCGUGAGGCUGCUCGCAAAAGUCGUAUGCGAAAAAAGGUCUAUAUUCAGCAAUUAGAGUUGAGCCGUUCGAAAUUGAUGCAAAUGGAGCAAGAGCUUGAACGAGUGAGACAACAGGGUACGCUUGUGAGCAGUGGUAUUGAUCCGCUUCCUUUCUCUGCCACUGUAAAUUCAGGGAUUGUUGCAUUUGAGAUGGAGUAUGGACAUUGGGUUGAAGAGCAGAAUAAACAGAUUUGCGAACUCAGAAAUGCAUUGAAUACCCAUAUAACCGAUGUUGAACUUCGGAUUCUGGUAGAUAGUGGCAUGAAGCACUAUUUUGAUCUUUUUCAAUUGAAGGCAGGUGCAGCAAAGGCCGACGUAUUCUAUCUCAUGUCUGGGAUGUGGAAAACGUCAACUGAACGCUUUUUCUUGUGGAUUGGGGGGUUCCGUCCAUCGGAUUUAUUAAAGGUACUUGGGCCUCAGCUUGAACCCUUGACAAAUCAACAAGUGAUGGAUGUAUACAACCUCAAACAGUCAUGUGAGCAAGCAGAAGAGGCACUGUCACAGGGAAUGGAUAAACUCCAGCAGACUCUGGCAGAAACCGUAGGUACAGAUCGAUUAGGCGAAGGGAUUUACACUUCAGAAAUGGCUAACAAUGCAAUUGAGAAACUUGAAGCUCUUGUGAGCUUUGUAAACCAGGCAGACCAUCUUCGACGAGAGACCCUGCAGCAAAUGCACCGGAUCCUCACUGUACGUCAAGCAGCUCGAGGCUUGUUAGCUCUAGGAGAGUACUUCCAGCGUCUAAGGGCUCUAAGCUCCCUAUGGUGCAGUCGUCCUCGACAGCCAUCUUAGUUUAACCGAUAAAGUAUCAAUUUUUCAGCCCAUCAAGGUGCGUUUGCAGCAAUACUAUUAUUGCACUUCAUGUAUAGCUUGAUAUAUUCUUGAAGAACCGCGCCCUCCCUCAACAGGAAACUUUGUAUAUAACAGCAGCAAUGCAAUUGUUUCCGAUGCUUGCCCCUACUGUUAUGGACUUGAAAAUUAUAUUUUUGAAAGUUGGUUUAUCCAUCUGAGUGUGAUGUAUGUAUGUACAUGUAAAUGAUGUAGGCAUAUUUGUGUACGUCAUCAAUUUUGUAAAUCAUUAUCUUAGUGCUAUCCAAUAAAUAUAUGAAGGCAAUGUAGUAGGCAGUAGGCUCACUCAUACAUGGUGCAGUCAACUAAGUGAAUCAUGGAUUCAUGGUGCAUUGGUGAGGCUUGG